GUCCACAUGGCCGCCCCCGUUUACCACGCCAUUUCUUCCGCCAACAGAAAGCGGGCGGGCUUGUUUUCCCACUCAGAGACAGGCUGCCGAGGACGCAGGGGCGCACGGUGAACUCGGAAAACUGCUAUUAUUUCAUGGUGUAUGAGACGUCUUGCAGAACAGUAGCAAACAGACUAUGGAAGAAAAAACAAAUACAAAGGGGAUAUGGAAUAGGGAGGUGGGCAUGUGUGCUCUGGGCGGAGUUUGAAUGAAUGUACAGGGGCGAAACGCCGUGUCUUUGGUCUGGUCGAGGGGACUGCGCACUUUUUACAGCGCCGACAUCCCGCUGCUGCUGCGUCUGCUGGGCGUGGAGCUGCCGUCACAGUCGCUGCUGCUGCUGCCGCCCAUGGCUAGCAGCGGAUCAAUCAGGCGCUUCAGCGAGCCCAUCAGGCCCGCCGACCCGCUGGUGCCGGGCAUGUCCUCGCUGUGUCCUGCGCUGGAUGCGCGCCUCCAGGCUGCGCUUGGCCUCGCGCUCGCGGCGCUCGAUCUCUGCGCACUCCUCGUCCAGCAGUUUGCGCAGGUCGGUGAACGACUGGUAGGUUGUGAUCGGCUCGCCGUCCUCAAAGUAGCUGUUGGCCAUCGAGUAGAACGCCGGCGAUGCUCGUAUCGACGACAGCUGCUUGACGCGGCGGCGGCGGCUGUUCCGAGAGAGCAGUGUCUGUGGAAAGCGCCAUUAGGGAAAAUACAGAGGGGCAAGGGGUGUGGUAGAAAGGGUGAAUGAGGGGAGAGGUUCUGCAGGAUGGAAAAUAAUGGCC